UGGAAGUGAAGAAAAGUAAAUAAAUGGCCAAAUAUUAUGGUUUGGUGGAUGAACAUAUAAAGCCAACUGAGGAUAUGAUGAAAGAGUCCAAGCCUUGCCCUUGGAUUUCAAACAGCAAAGAUUCGUCUUCCCAAGGGGAAAAAUAGUGCAAAGAAGAAGAAUCCCAUUGCUUGCUGCAGGCUAAACUUACUUUUUUAGGCAUUUCGUACAAAGUUACUGAAAUAAAGGUAAGAUCAUUGUACAAUGCAAGUGAAAUAAAGUGAAAAGAAGAUGGGGGGAGAAGAAGGUAUGAGGACUGUGGAGUGCUUGAGAGGAAGGCUUCUUGCUGAGAGACAAGCUUCCAAGUCUGCUAAAGAAGAUGCUCAGCUUAUGGAAAGUAAGAUGCUUGAACUUGAGAACAAACUCAAACAAGAGACCAAAUUAAUGAACAAAGCUGAGAAGAGGCUUAAUUUGUUGAAGAAAAAGCUUGAAUCCCUCAAAAUAUUGCCUGAUUUAGAAGAAUCAGAGCGGUCAAGCUCAUCUCAGAGCUCUGCAAUUUCCAGUGUUUCAUCUGCAAGUAGUUCAGGUACUAAACACCCUCAAGAAUCUGCUUCAGAAAUCCCAGAAAUUGUGAAGGAAAAUGCAUCAGACACCAAAUCUGAUACAAAGGAGUCUUCAUAUGAAAAAUCCAGCAACAAAUCAAGUUCAAGCCAUGAAGUUCCUCAGAUUGAACAUACAAGUUCUUCAAGCUUGGAACCUUCAUCAGUGGAGAUAAACACGAUGAAUUACAAAGACGACAACGAUGAAUAUGUCGAUAACUCAUUGGCAUUGGUUCCUUUGGAGCUCCCGGAAAUGAAGCCGGCACCCGAGAUACACAUAGUCAGCAAAAGUGUAGGUGAAGUUCUUGAUAGUCUAAGGCAUGCAAGGGAAAGGAUUCAGAGCUCAAUGGGAAGAAGACAAAUGAUUAGAGUGGGGCCGUCUUGAAUUCAUCAUACACAAGUAAAACAUCAAUGAUUGUCCCAUUUUUAGAUAAUAAAACAGAAAGAGAACAGAUGUUGUGUUUUCUUGCGUUGGAGCAAAAUGGUAAAGACAGAUUGUAUGUAUAAUGAACAAGUGCCUGAUACUAUAAGCUUUGUAGUUGUA